GUAGCAACUGCGCGGCAUGGCGGCGGCCGAGGCGGCCCCGGCGCUGAGCCGGGCGCUGCGCUGCUUGCAGGAGCCCGAGAGCGGGCGAGCGGCGCGGGUGCGGGCGUUGGAGGCGAUCCGGGCCGAGGUGCAGGAGCCCGCCGCCGUGCAGGAGAUUUUCGGGGCGCAGCUGGUGCGGCCGCUGGCGCGGUGCCUGGCCGGGGACGCGGCGGAGCGGUGCCGGGAGCUCGCCCUUCAGCUCCUGUGCCACGGGCUCAGCCACGGCGAGCGGCCCGGCGAGGCGCUGCCCGUCCUCCUGCCGGUCCUGGCGCAGCGCCUGUGCCCGCCGCAGGCCUUCGAGCCCAGCGAGGAGCUGCGCCUCGGCCUCGUGCGGCUGCUGGGGCUGCUGCUGCAGCGCUGCGGGGCCUCCGUGGCGCCCUUCCUCACUGACGUGAUCGGGGUCCUCCAGGCCGCCCUCCUCGACCCCUACCCCGAGGUCAGGCGAGAGAGCUGUAGGUGCGCCGUGGCCUGCGCCCAGGCCGUGCCAGAGCACUUCCAUAUGCAGUCAGAAUCGCUGAUAAAACCCUUAAUGCAAACAAUUUCGCACCAGCACUACAGAGUCCGUGUUGAUGUAAUUCAAGCUACCGGAACAGUGAUACAGUUUGGAAAUGGAAAGUCUGUGGAUGAUGUUCUGUCUCAUCUGGCCCAGAGGUUAUUUGAUGAGAUUCCCAAGGUUCGGCACGCUGUGAUAACUGUCAUUGGAGAAUGGUUGUUGCACCUACGAGACAGAUAUUCCUAUUUUCACAAGUUGAUCCCUUUGUUACUUGGCGGCUUUACUGAUGAAAUUCCUGAGAAUACGAAACUGGCCUGCACUUAUUGGGAAAUGAUAGGCUUGCAGUGGGAGAAAGAGAAUGAAGAUGAUCUGAAGGAUAAGAUGGAUUUUAGUGUUCCUCCAUCUCAUUAUCCCAAAGGAGUGGCUCGACCAGGACUAGGUUGUCGGGAACUUGUGUCCAGAAACCUCUCCAAAAUUCUUCCAGGUCUCUGUCAUGAUAUAACAGACUGGGUUGAAAGCACAAGAAUAAAAGCAUCUCAGCUUCUGUAUACGUUAUUGCUACAUGCAGAGGAUCACAUAACGCAGCACAUGGAGCUGCUGCUUAGGACUUUGUACCAAGCAUGCUUGGAUGAAGAAAGUAAUGUGGUUAAAAAUUGCAUGAAAGCAGCAGAAUUAAUUGGAACGUUUGUCAGCCCUAAGGUGUCACUGAGAUUAAUCACAUCAGCCUUUGGGAAGGCACCUAAGCCAUCUUGUAUCAUGGUUCUAACUGCAGUGAUUCGAGGUAGUCCAAAAGAAAUCUUACAGCCUCAUUUGACCGAUCUUGGCAACACACUGUCACAGGUUUGUCAACGAUCUGAAGAGGUCUUUUAUAUGGAGCAGUUGCUUUGUUGUGUACGAGCAUUGAUUGAAGUAUGCCAGGAGGACUGCAAAGAAAUUAGCUUGCAGCUAAUGAAGGUUUUGGUGACAAUAAUGGCGGUAGCAGGUUCUCAGCACCUGAAAGAAAAGGUAGAGGAAACAAUGUCUUCGUUAGCAGGAGUGCAGCAAUUGGAUGGUUUUCUUUAUCUCUAUAAGCAGCAUAUAAUUCAGCUCAUGGAAUGGGUUUCAGUAUCACAUGAUUGUUGGACCUGCUAUUCUCCAGAAAUAUUACAGUUAGAGGUCAUCGCAACUCAUUCAGGUCCUGUCAUAGGUGAAGCUUUAAAUAACUUUAUUCUCAUUCUGAAGACGUGCCUUCAGCCAAACAAAGAUCCCCAGAUGCGUUUAAAACUUUUUACAAUUUUAUCACAGUUGCUCCAGCAAGCGAGUGAAACAGUCAACUCUCGGGGGCUGUUCCCUGGCUACCUUGAGACUGUGAUAAAAGACAUCCUAGCUCCUAAUCUGCAGUGGCAUGCUGGAAGAACAGCAGCUGCCAUCCGCACUACAGCCGUAUCAUGCCUUUGGGCUCUUAUUCACAGUGAAAUGCUUUCACCAGAAGAGAUUGUAAAAGUCAAAGAUGGGCUAAUGCCCCAAAUUAUUGCCGCCAUGGAUGAAGACUCGAAAAUUGCUCGACUGAUGGCUUGUCGUAUUGUCGGUGUUUUUUUAAAAGUCUGCGGGAGGCAGUUUGAUGAAGAUAAAUUUACCAACAUUUACACAGAAGUUCUAAAGCGUCUGGAUGAUGCUUCAUCUGAUGUACGACUGGCAGCUGCUCACACCUUAACUAAUUGGUUUAAGUGCUUCAAGGACAGUGAUAUGAAAUCUGCAAUGGAGAGUCAUAUUGAGUUUCUGUACCAAGAACUGCUGAUACAUCUUGAUGACCCAGAUCAAAACACGCAAAAUGCACUUCUAGAAGUUUUAAAAGAAGGAAGCGUCCUAUACCCAGAACUGCUCGUGAAAGAAAUUGAAGGAGUUGUACAUAAACAUCGAACACCAGCCUAUUGUAAUCAACUACUACAUCACAUUCAGUCAGCCAGAGAAUCAGCUUUAUGAAUGAAUGCUGAUGUUCUUCUUAGUAAACCAUGUGUGAAAUCUGUAUGAUCUGGAUUACUUUCACGUUUUCAUUUUCUUAGGAAAGGCUGAACAAUAAAUAGGAUUUGGUUUUUUCUUCUUUGUAAGUUCAUUUAAAAGUCAAAGUGGCACAUUUUAUGUUCUUUGUUGUUUCAACACUUCUUUGUAUUUGCUAGCAAUAAAACAAUGUUUUAAUUCACUUUGCACUGGAACUUUUUCAGAUUGAAGGUUUAAAGGAGAAGAACGUUUUUCAGGAAUUUGACUCUGUUUAUAAUUAAGAUAGAUAAUUUAUUUAACAACGUAAUAGCCUAAUCUCAAAGUUAUUAAUGGAAUUCAGCGAGGACUCAGUCUUUCAAGGAGCAUUUCAAACUCUGGAUAAUACUCAGACUUUUCUGAGUCAGGUCUUUGAGGAUCAGUAUUAUCAGAAAAAAAAAAACCAAACUUCUCUUGCAUAAUGCAGCAAAUUUUUUAUAAUGUUUUAGGUACUGAUCUUUACUAUGCUGGUAUAACAGGGAUGUGUUCUGAGUAGGUAUCACUAGAGGAAUAGUCUUUAUUGUCCCUGUAUUACAUUUCACAACUGAGAAUAAAGCUAAACUUUUUUAAAUUAAUAUUUACACACGGGAGGAAAUGUACUGUUUUGUCAUUUAGAUUAACAGUAUUUAUUUUUGUAUUAAAUAUAUCACAUCUGCAGUUUUUAUGUUUAUAUAAUUGUGCCUUGGAAAGCAAGCAAUAUUUGCUUGUGUAUUACUUUGAAAUGGAAUUCUGCUGUAUUAGGUUGAGGCUUGAUAUAUUUUUUUAGAAGACCUUUGUAGUGUGCGUGGUUUAGAAUUGUCUCGUAUUCUCAGCUGUGUAAUAAAGUAAGUGAGCCUCUAGAUUCUUGUCUUAUGUGAUUGUGGGGUAGUGUGCUAUUUAUUGCACCCACAAAUCAUGGGAAAUGGGGAUCCUGAUUAUGUUUUUUUGAUUAUCUGUAUUACACACAAGAAGUGCACUGUGGCUUCUGACUCCCAAUUGCUUUGGCUUUGUGCCCAAUCUGAAAACCAGCUCCCUGGGGUUUGAUAAUACUCCUUAUGCCGUAGAAAGUCUGGAUGUUUAUGCUUCUGAGCUAACUUUACCUUUUCAGAACUGUGACAUAAUUGUUAACCAAAGCAUGAUCUGUUUACAGCGAUAUCUACCUAUGUUCUCAAAGAAACAUUUGGAAGAUCUUUUAUUGGAUACACAAGACCAGUCUUACUCGUAGCUUAAAAGCAAAGUCAUGCAAACUGAUGGCCACUUCCCCACAAAAUACUGGGUUGCUUUGAAAAUUCUAGCAAAAAGGAACAAUGCUACUAAUGAUACAGGAUAAUUGAGUAGUUUCUUGUGGAUUCAAAUGCUGUUUUGCAUUCCUGUAGAACAGGAUAUUUAUUUUGGAUCACAAGUACUGUCUCCAAAGUUGACUUUUCAUUUCAUGAAAAGCCAAAAUAGAACCAUUCCUAGAUUGAGCAGCAUUUUAAUUGACUAAAAACUAUUAAUUGUUUAACUUGCUGUAACUGGAGGGUCAGCUGAAAUUCUGAGAAGGUUCAAUGUGAAUUAAAUAAAGAUCCCUAGAAGACAUUAAAUGGAAUGAAGAGGUUGUGGAGUCUCCAGUCUUGGAGAUUAAAAAGCUGGCUUAACACAGUCCUGGGAAACCUGUUCUACCUGACUUUGCUUGGGCGGGGAUUUGGAUGACAUGUUCUCUAGAGGCCUUUUCUAGCCUCAACCAUUCCAUGAAUCUGUAAAAUUGCUUUCUUAGUCUAAUCAAUGAUAAAAAGCCAAUUUAACUAUAUUGGAAAUAGACUACAUAAGUGUCCUAGCAGAGUCCUUAGAGUUUUCAUUCACUACUGUUCUCAAAAAAAUAGUGUUUCAAAGCACUACAAAGCAGCAGGUUCUUCUAAUGCAACCUAAAGCUGCAACAAGAACCCAGUUCUUAUUGUAAAGUUCCCCUGAAAUUCCACCAAAUCCUACUUAACAACAUUACUAGAGAGAAAAUAUUUUCAGCUUCCUCUGUUGGCAAAAUUUUGAUGCUUUACUACUGACUGCAGCAUGACGAUAGCUGCAGUACAGAUGUUAUGCAGGUGCUUCUAAUUACUCUUGUGACCUAAAGAAAAGAUCUUUGAAAACCCAUCUUCAAAUGUGGGAUUAAAGAAGAGCACCUUCUUAGCUGAGGUGAAACCUUGUCAAAGAUUUUCAAGAUGUUCUAAAGCUGGUACAUAAAAACUAAGAGCUGAAGUAUUUGUGAAGCUUGAUACCUUCGGUAGGCUGGGCAAGUUUUUUUCUGCAUAUGUCGAGCAUUUUGUUAUCUUUCAGAACAAGCCACCGUGGAAUGCCUUCCAAAGAAAAAUCUCCGCAUCGUCCAACAAACCAGCUUUUUUCUUCAGAGCCAGGAGAGCUUUGUGAAUUGAAUAAACUAAUAGUCCCUCCAGAGACAUGUUAAACAGCAACCUGAUCCUAGUUUAUGUGUGUGUGUGACAAACUGGAUGUUCUCCUCUAUGUUCUUUUAUUAGAAAGUGUUCCAGGCAUAGGUCUUCAACAAUGUGCUGACACUGCUUAUAAUGUGACAUAUAUAACCCAAAUGUCUCAAAUCUGUCUAUUAUUGAAUCUCCUGUGGAUGGCAUAUGAACUUGGAUUUUAAAGUAAUUUUCUGUGAGACUUGGCUUUCUCAGCUUCAACCUUUUACUGCAUCCGUAGAACAAAAUUUAAACAUAUGACUACUUUUUUCUGUUUUGCUGGAUC